AUGUGUGGCUGGUUACUGUUAACUUUGUUGUUGGCCUAUAAUGGCUCUGGCACGCUGGCCAAGAAACGGGCGAUUGAUUACACAGCUUCUAACAUUAUCGAACGAAUGGCAAGAUAUAAUAUCAUCGUAUCACACCAACGUCUUGGUGAUUGUUCCUACGACAUUAACUUCAGAAGAGCUGACAACACUCCGCCGGCGUAUGAUAUGAUGAUCCAUUACGCUAUUGACGACAGCGUUUAUUUGCUUGAGGUUCCAGUGGACACAGGCUCCAUACUCAUUCCGGCGGAGGCUGAGACAGUGACGCUGAACUGGUUCCCACCUGAUGGAUUUGUACUCCCGUUUGAUGUUUCGGGAGUAACUCAAAUUUCAAACGCGACGGGCGGUACCGUGGAACAACACACAAUGGCUGAUGGACCAUGUACACCAGCUAGAACCCGGGGAGACCCGCAUUUGAGAACAUUCGAUGGUCAUGGCUACUCCUUUCAAGGACUGUGUUGGUACACACUCGCCAAGCACUGUACUGACAAUCCAGAUUUUGAAGUCACGGCAGAAUUCACACCCAGAGAGUCAUCUGGCACCGAGCUGAAAACACGUGCUGUGAGAUUGAAUGUGACCGUUGGUGACGAGGUUAUCUCCAUGGAUACAAACAAUGACGUCACGAUUAAUGGGAAUUCACUAUGGGUUGCUAAGCUACGCGGACAACCCAAAAAUGCACAAAUCACAGUCGACGACUCCAGAGUCAUCGUGAGGGUUGCACAAUACAACUUGGAUAUAUUAUGGGAAGGGCGUAAGCACGCAUUCAGCGCAUCAAUUUACCACCCAGAUUACAAUGGUAACAUAUGUGGUCUCCUUGGCAACGCUGAUGGUAAUCCAUUGAAUGAUUUCCAGAAACGGGAUGGCAGCCAUACUAAGGUAGUAAACGAUUUUGGAGAGAGUUGGAAGGUAUACGAUUCAAGGUGUGAUUAUUAA